AGCGAUUUUCGUUUAAUCAUAGUUAGUGUUUGUGUAUUUUAUUUAGAAUCUAGAUCUUCUAAAUUUGAAUCUAUUUAUGUAAUUUCAGUUCUUAACAUUGGCAUAUCGCAAAGGAAAUUUUGAAAAUGUCUUUUAAAGCAUUACCAUUACUGUUUAUGAAUCUUGGUGGAGAAAUGAUUUACAUUUUAGAUCAACGAUUAAGCGCACAGAGCAUACCUAAUGAAAAAGCGAAAAAAGUACUGACAGACAUUGUUUCUACCAUGUUUAACAAAAAGUUUAUGGAUGAGAUUUUCAAGCCUCAGAAUUUAUACUCCAAGAAGGCUAUGAGAACAGUGUUUGAUAGAAUAGCUCAUGCAUCCAUUAUGAGAUUGAAUGCAGCUAGUAUGGAUAAACUUUAUGACCUAAUGACAAUGGCAGUGAAGUAUCAGAUAUCACUAGCCUUGAGGCCAAAAGACAUUCUACUCAUAACAUUGAACCAUAUGGAUACUAUUCGCAGUCAUGUGGAGGACAGCUCAGUGAAAGCACAAGUGGAGUAUGCCUUCAAGAUUUUCUUAGAGACUUAUGCAUCUCUUUCACAUGGAGAGUUUCAGCUGAUAAGACAAACACUUCUAAAUUUUUUUCAGGAUGUACACACUAGAGUGUCCAUAUUUCUUAAAGACAAGGUACAGAACAAUCAUGGACGCUUUGUUCUCAAACCUGGUGGAGUGCUACCUUAUGGAACAGAUAUACCUAAUAAUAUCAAAUCCUUCGAUGAAUCAGGAAAGUAUCGAAACAUAGGGUUCUCUUGUGUUGCCAAUUACACUCAGGCAUCAAAGGAAGGAUCCUAUGAGAUGAAAGGGGACAGAGCAACUAAGCUUGGUACAAAUAUAUAUUCAGUGUCAAGAAAUGUAGAGACUAGUGGACCUGGAGCAUCUAGCUUAAUGAAUGCUGGCGACAUGGAUACUAGUCAUCCAGAUCCAUUGGCCAAAGCUCACUUAGAUCUCUUGGCACAGCUUAUUGGAGCUCGUGUCACAAAAAAUGAGUUCAGACUGAAUUUGUUUAAAACUGACCAAGAAGAAGAGGAAGCAGCAACCAUUGAGCCCGUUCAAGCCAUCAGGUCACAAGUUGUGAAUAUAGAUGCCUCCAAGAAAACAAAAAGUGUGGAACUGACCAAAAUAUUUGGAGAGAUGACCAUUGAUGACAGUAAAAGUAAACAUGAUGACAAUGAUCUGCUUGACCUCAUGGAUAGCUAGAUUAUUUAUUCUCUCUGGUUCAUUUGUAUUAGGUAUGCAUUUUAUUGUGUUAUAUAACAAAACAUUGUUGUGUCUGAAUUAAUUUAUUAGUCUGAUUAGGUUUAUAUUGUACAAUAUUUUACAGUGAAAACUUUUAUAUGUUAUUGCAGCCUGUAAAGUUAAAUGACUGCCACUGAUUGAAAUAUACAUUCAAGGAAGAAACUGACUCACAUAAAUGAUUCAAUUAGAGGCACUGAUUCAAUGAUUCAAUUAGACAUAUCUAAGCUGGUUAACAAUAACUUUAUCCGUCCAUAUACCUAUAUUUAACAUGUACUUAACCAAUCCUAAUCUGUAAAUUCAUCCAAUUCAAAAAUGUUUUUCCCCAAAGAUUACAGAGUUAUCUGUGCACAUAAAAAUCUCUCACUCCACUGCCAUAUUGUAUAAGCAUUAUAAUCUACUCUAACCAUGAUGAGCUCAGUACUGAAAAUCUACUUCUGUGGAAUAGAAUUGAUAGGCUGUACUCAUACAAAUGAUAUUUAUCUGAUUGUUACACAAUAUGUGCAUUAUACAAAUUUAUUCAUGAACAAACAGUAGCUACAGUUAAGUCCCUUUUUUUUUCAAAUUGUAAGAUUGGGGAAAGAUUAAGACCACCAUAUUGCUAUAUUGCUUAACAAAUUAAACAUUCCAUGCCAUGUUUAAUAUAAAACUAUUUUGCAUUUCUGUGAUCAGUUGAUUUUUAAUUUACAAAAUAUUUUUUUUUUUUAUUAAAACAUAUUUGAUGGCUUCACUCCAUACAGUAUAUUUUUGUAUUGUAAAUCAGUGACUGACCUAAAGUGACUCAAUAAAUUGUAGUUUGAUUUGCAUUUUAAUUUGUCAUUGCCAUUGUAAUAAAAAAUUAAUUAACUUUUUUGGGUCAUUUUACAAUUAAGAGAUCCACAAGAACAGAUUCUUAUUGUUUUUAGAUCAAUCUUAAUUGUCUUUAUGGUAACUUUUUUUUUAGCUCUAAAAGUUUAUUCUUGACUGUGUUUUUUUUUUAUUCUUUAAAAUCAUAUUUUAAUUUAGAAAUAAAAAUGUAGUUUGUAUGUGCUAUGGAUACAUGUCAGUUAUUGAAUUUAAUGUUUAUUUAAUGGUUUGCGUUUGGUAAGUUGACACACUUCUUCCUUACUCUCUUAUCACACAUUAUAAAGGAUCUAUUUAGUAUGAGUGAUGUAAUUACAUUUUUAAAAAUGUUUUAUUUAAAGUAGCUUUUGCAUUGCUUGUUUCUUUGAGUACUUCAAAAGUUUUUGUUAGCAGUUUGUUUUCACUCUUGUGUGUGUGGUUUUACUUGAUGCUACUCUAUACUUUUGUUUUUUUCUUCCUCUGUGUCAAUGGUGUGCUAUUUCUUUUUCUAGCCAGCGUUUUGCUGCUGAGCUGUGAGCUCUUUCAAUGGUGUGCUAUUUCUUUUUCUAGCCAGCGUUUUGCUGCUGAGCUGUGAGCUCUUUCAAUGGUGUGCUAUUUCUUUUUCUAGCCAGCGUUUUGCUGCUGAGCUGUGAGCUCUUUCAAUGGUGUGCUAUUUCUUUUUCUAGCCAGCGUUUUGCUGCUGAGCUGUGAGCUCUUUCAAUGGUGUGCUAUUUCUUUUUCUAGCCAGCGUUUUGCUGCUGAGCUGUGAGCUCUUUCAAUGGUGUGCUAUUUCUUUUUCUAGCCAGCGUUUUGCUGCUGAGCUGUGAGCUCUGGUUUGCUAGAGACUUUGUGAGUUUUAUUCCUUCUAGAAAACUAUUCUAAAGUGUGUUUGGCAUCUUCUAUUGUCUUUCUAUUAUUUCAUUCAUCCAUUUGAUAUUUUUGUCACAUUCAAUAAAUAGGAUUUUCAAAUCAA